AUGCAUGUGUCCGAUGUAGUGCUAAACACAUUAAAUGCGAUGACAAAGCAGCUUGUGAUAACUGCCUCAAAUUUAUUAGAAAAGCUUUUUUUAGUUGGAGAAGCUGACAAAACUAGAAGAUAUACAGUUGAAACUAUGUUGGAAGAGUUGGAUGUUAUGACAGAAGGUCAAGUUGAUAAAAACGAGGUUCCAAAACUCUAA